CUCCGAAAUAGUUGCGAGUAGGAAUUUGCAAGAAGUUUUUUUUACUCUUAUCUUCCAAAUCCACUUGUAAAGUGGACGGAGGGAGAUGGGGAGGUCGGAAGGGCGGCUUUUCUGAAUAGAUUUCGGAUGCUUUGCUCUCUCAGCGAUCAGAAGGAUGGACAGGCCUAGCACGCUGACUCAGACUUCGGUGUUGCCUUUCUCCGACCCCGAUCACGCCCUCAACAUCCUGCAGGGCAUCAACGAGCUGCGGGCAGAGGGCAAGUUCUUCGACAUGACCCUGUCGGCGGACGGCCAGGAUUUCCCGUGUCACCGGACAGUGCUGGCAGCCGCCAGCCACUACUUCAGGGCCAUGUUCGCGGGCCGCCUGAAGGAGAGCUACGCCGAUCGGGUGGAGCUGCACGGGGUGAAGGCUCCGAUCCUGAGCCUGCUGCUGGAUUUCUCCUACACCGGCCAGGUCACCGUCACCCAGGGCAACGUGGAGCCGCUGGCCCGGGCCGCCGAUCUCUUCCAGUUCCCCUCGGUCAAGGAGGCCUGCUGCGCCUACUUGGAGCGGCAGCUGGACGUGGCCAACUGCCUGGAGAUCCAGGAGUUCGCCGAGGCCUACGCCUGCCGCGGACUGGCCGAAAACGCCAAACGUUUCAUCCUGCGCCACAUCGUCGAGCUGUCCGCCGAGAAGGAGUUCGAGGCCCUGCCGCAGCGCCGGCUGCUAGAGUACCUGUCCGACGACCGGCUGCACGUCGACAAGGAGGAGGCGGCCUACCAGCUGGCCCUGCGCUGGGUCAAGGCAGACCCCAAGCGCCGCCUCCGCUUCUGGCCCGAGCUCUUCGAGCACGUGCGGCUGCCGUUUAUCCGCCGCUUCUACCUGCUCGCAUACGUGGAGAGCGACCCGUUCGUCUACUACUCACCCCGCUGCCUGCAGCUCAUCCACCAGGCCCGGGCCUUCCAGUCCUCCGAGUACGAUCGCCACGACUACCCGUGCGAGAGGAUGAGGGCCCGGCCCUCCACCGGCCUGGCCGAGAUCCUGGUGGUGGUCGGCGGCUGCGACAAAGACUGCGACGAGCUGGUCACCGUCGACUGCUUCAACCCGCUGACCGGACACUGGCGGUACUUGGCCGAGUUCCCUGACCAUUUGGCCGGAGGUUACAGCAUCACCGCCUUCGGAAACGACAUCUACGUGACGGGUGGUUCUGAUGGGACAUCACUGUAUGACUGUGUAUGGCGUUACAAUUCCAGCGUGAAUGAAUGGACAGAGGUUUCACCCAUGCUGCAAGCCCGAGAAUAUCACAGCUCUGUGGUACUCAAAGGCCAUAUCUACAUCAUUGCCCAUGAUAGUCUGGAGCGCUAUGAUCACAGCCUCGACAGCUGGGAGGCCCUGCGACCCAUGCCCUUCCCCAUGGACAACUGCUCAAGUACAGCCUGCCGGGGAAAACUCUAUGCCAUUGGCACACUUGCUGGCAAAGAAUCAAUGGCCAUUCAGCGCUAUGACCCUGAGACUGAUUCGUGGAGUGUUGUGGUUUGCGGUUCAUUACCUCCAUGGUCGUUUGUGCCAAAAACAGUGACACUCAAUGGACUGAUAUAUUUUGUGCGGGAUGAUUCUUCAGAGGUUGAUGUGUAUAACCCAACAAAGAAUGAAUGGGACAAAAUUCCACCCAUGAAUCAGGUCCAUGUUGGGGGCAGUGUGGCUGCUCUGGGAGGGAAGCUGGUUGUGUCUGGCGGCUACGAUAACACGUUUGAACUAUCCGACAUAAUUGAAAGCUAUGACUUUGAGACUGGUUGCUGGAGUGUAGUAGGACGACUCCCACAGCCCACCUUCUGGCAUGGAACUGUUAGCAUCUUCCGACAGUUCAUGCCCACCGCCCAAGUUACCUUUGAAGGGACUCUGAACGACAACCAUAACAAUGAAAUAAAUGCCCUGAAUCUAGCUCGGUAUCGCAGACACCUUCAUAAUGAAAACCUCCGCCUAUAGCACUGUUUAGACUGGAGACUGAUAUUGGCUACAGUGAAAUCUGCUUGGAUUCUCUCCAAAACCAGCAGAUUUCUAACACAUUACAAAAGCUCACCAUCUAAUUCUGGACUGGCACAUGUCGAUUGGACAUUGUCCUUUCCCAGUUUAUUUUAAAAAUUGUCCCUGUUGGACCAAAAGCAGUCAAUGCUCCCUGUUGAAUUGGGUUUUGACUGAAAUUGCUCAAAUUAACACAACUGUGCCAUUCAUUGGCUGCUGUCGAUGUUUAGUCUGGCAGGUUUCACUGUAUCUGUUGACCGACUCUGUUAAGUUGGGAGAUGUGACGAUUUCGUCUUCUCCUAUGGCCACAUGCUUGUUGCUAAGCAUUGGUUGUAAAAGAAAGACUUGCCUUUAAGUAAUGCCAGAUCACAUCACAAAAUGCUUCACUUGCAAUUAAUUUACUUUUGAAAUGCAACAGUGUAAGAAAAUAAGGCAGCCAUUUUGUACACAGCGUGAACACAUGAACAGCAACAAGGUUAAUGCGGUAUUACUGGUAAUUUGAAGGAUGAGUUUUGGAGAGAACCAGACAGCUAGAGAACUCUUUCAUGUAGUCCUGUAGGAUUCUUGAGGCUCUGAUCUGCACAGGCAGAUAGAGGUUGAGCACAAAUACUAUUUUGUGUUUCCUGUUUUGUUCCAGCCUGGAAAGUCAACUAUGUUUUUACUGAUUUUAAAUUUGUUUUUAUGACUGUGUUGGGAUAUUGUGAAGUACCAGGUGAACACCAUGUGCUAUUUACUGGGUUUUAAUGAAGACAUACAAUUCAGUGUUUAAUGUUUACGCAAAGUUGCAAUGUGAGUUCCAGUUGGAAGGUAUGCUAAGUCUGUAAAAGGAUUUGCAAUGACUAGCCCCAGAAAAAGCUUGCAAACAACCCUUUGAAGGUACUGAUUGCUGCAUUUUAAGGUUGGAUCCAACCUGAUUUUAAAAUCUCUGACACUAAAUGAGCAAAUCUGUGCAGUGGAGAAAGCUUAUUUGGAAUGUAGAAUUGGGGUCUUGCUGCCUUUGAGAUGGUAAGUUGGUACUGGUGCACUUUAAUCCUGUGGGAUAUGUUUUAAGUCGCCUCAAAUUUGCUGCCCCAUCACCAACCCCACCCUCUUCAGCUGUAGCAGGCUUGUUAGAAUUUCACAAGGGUGGAAAAUAAUUCAGUUUUGGAAGGUAAAAUACAUAUCAACGAAUUCCAGUCCGUUUUCUAGAAACACUGCCAGCUUGUUCCAAUAUAGCUCGUCUAUCCUCUCUGUUUCUGAGAGGACAGAGGGUAUAGGAUAUACAUAUUUAGUUUUAUACAUAUUUCUAUUUAUAAAAUAGUAGAAAUAGAGGGUUUGCAAUUAAAUAUUCAAGAAUCACGCAUUCAAAAUAUGCUGCCAAAUAGAAAGACAUGGUUGUCCGUUUGCAAUUUUUAGAUAUUC